GAAAGAACGCCACAGAGCGGGGCCUACUGCACGCUAUCGGCCUCACAAGCCACAUCAGCUCUCCUUGGCUUCCCGGACGAAGCAGGCUUGUACCCACACAAAGCCAGAAAGCACACACCCGGCGGGGAUACGAUGGGCCAAAAAUCCCAGAAAGCUCAGACCAGCACGACCAAAGACUUCCAAGACAUAGGAGCUUGGCUGCAGCGCUCGGCGACCCACAAAAUGGCGGCCCCGCCAGAGCAUGAGGCUGGCUCCAGCAGCUCAGACUCCGCCUACGCAGAACAUGGGGAACCUGCAAACCCGAAGACAGCCACCACAGCACCUACAGACCCAGAUGCUCUGACCUCAGCCACUAAGCUGGAUAUAAAAAGCCUGCUGGAGUUAAAGCAGAUGUCAGCAGCAGAGAUGGACUUAACGGUUCCGGUUUAA